CCCUCCUCGGGACACUCACUCCAUUAACAGAUUCCUGAAGACAUCCCAGGAGAGACAGCAAGAACUUUGUAGUCGAAAUGGCAGCAAGCGAUAGCAAACACUGGGUUUUCCUGGCAGCAGGUUCUAAAGGUUGGGUAAACUACAGGCAUCAGGCCGAUGUGUGUCACGCUUACCAAGUCAUGCACCGGAAUGGGAUUCCAGACAAACAGAUUGUGGUGAUGAUGUAUGACGACAUCGCUAAUAAUGAACAAAACCCUGAAAAGGGUAAAAUCAUUAGGAUACCAAAUGGACGAAAUGUUUACAAUUAUCGCAGAGUUAUGGUUCCAAAGGACUACACUGGAGAGCUUUAAAUGGUCCAUUAUCAGAAUGUUUCAGCUGAAAACUUUCUUGCUGUACUGAGUGGAGAUUCAUCUGCUGUCAAGACAACUGGAGAAAAAAAAGUCAUACAAAG